UGCAGUUCAGACGAUCAUUCAUGAUUUUUUCCUCACGUGCAGUCACUUGACCAUGACAGCAGCGGCUCUGACGGCGCUCUCCGUGAUGAGCUUGCUCAGUCUGGGCUAUCUGUCCCAGGACUGGACGAGUCCGAACCAGGUCGAGCAGCCCAACCAUCCGCGCCCGCACAUUAUCUUCAUCAUGACGGAUGAUCAGGGCUUCAACGACAUCGGCUACCACAACAGAGACAUCCACACACCGACACUGGACAAGCUGGCUGCGGAGGGAGUGAAGCUGGAGAACUAUUACAUCCAGCCCAUCUGCACUCCUUCCCGCAGUCAGUUCAUCACUGGCAGAUAUCAGAUCCAUACGGGUCUCCAGCACUCGAUAAUCCGCUCUCGGCAGCCCAGCUGUUUGCCCUUUGACCUCCGGACAUUGCCGCAGCGGCUGCAGGAGGCGGGAUAUGCCACGCACAUGGUGGGCAAAUGGCACCUGGGCUUCUACAAGCGCGAUUGCCUGCCGACCCGCCGCGGAUUCCACACGUACUUUGGCUCUCUGACGGGCAGUGUGGAUUAUUACACCUACAAGUCAUGCGACGGGCCGGGAAUUUGCGGGUACGACCUUCACGAGGGCGAGCGUGUGGCGUGGGGUCAGGGAGGGCGUUACUCCACACAUUUGUAUGCGCAACGAGUCCGAAAAAUCCUCGCCGCUCACGAUCCUUCAUCCCAGCCUCUUUUCAUUUUCCUCUCUUUCCAAGCCGUGCACACGCCAUUGCAGUCGCCGAGGGAAUACAUCUAUCCGUAUCGACAAAUGGGAAAUGUGUUUCGGCGGAAAUAUGCCGGGAUGGUUUCGGUCGUAGAUGAGGCGGUAAAGAACGUGACGUACGCACUCCGAAAGUAUGGCUACUAUAAGAACAGCAUCAUUAUCUUUUCUACAGAUAACGGCGGACAGCCGCUCUUUGGCGGGAGCAAUUGGCCUCUACGGGGAAGAAAGGGAACGUAUUGGGAAGGAGGCGUCCGUGGCAUUGGAUUCGUCCAUAGUCCGUUGUUGAGACGCAGGAAGAGAGUUAGCAAAGCUCUGGUUCACAUCACCGACUGGUACCCAACGCUAGUGGGACUUGCAGGAGGGAACGUUUCCCAAAUGGACGGGCUUGAUGGAUAUGAUAUGUGGGAAACCAUUAGUAGCAGGAAGGAGUCUCCACGUUUGGAGAUCCUACAUAAUAUUGAUCCUCUCUACAAUGCCGCCAGGCAUGGAUCUUUAAAAAACGGAUACGGGAUCUGGAAUACGGCCGUACAGGCAGCGGUUCGAGUCGGAGACUGGAAGCUCUUGACCGGAAAUCCUGGAUAUGGAGACUGGAUUCCGCCUCAGAUGCUGGGAAACUUUCCGGAAUCUUGGUGGAAUUUGGAACGGCACACGGAAGCGAAGAAAUCCUUGUGGCUCUUUAAUGUGGCGGACGAUCCGUAUGAGCGUUAUGAUCUCGCAGAGCGCCGGCCAGACGUGGUCAAGCAAUUGCUGGCCCGGUUAGUGUUCUACAACCGGACCGCCGUUCCGGUGCGCUACCCUGCAGAAGAUCCCAGAGCCGAUCCGAGACGCAACGGAGGGGCUUGGGUUCCUUGGGAAGGAGAUGAAGAAAACUGGGAGGCGUUUUACCUUCGAAAGAGAAAAGUCAAGAAGCAAAAGCGGAAGUUCUGCAAAAUGAAGUCAUUUUUUAGAAGACUUAACUUUAGAAUGAUGUCAAACAGGAUUUGA